GGAGAGAAUAAUAAAAAAAUUAAAAAAGCUUUUUAGUUCAUAUAUAAAGCGUUCUUUUCCCUCGUCUGUUCCCAAAUUCUUAAACAGCUGGGGUAGUUGAGUUUGAUCACCAGUUUCCUUUGCAUUUUCUGGCUUAUCCCUUUGGCAUCUACAACCACAAAUAGAAACUCCCUUAAAAUCAGAUUAGAAGAGAAGGUUGUUACCUGUUAAUUCGAGUGUGCGGUUAUUUAGGUCAAUUCGAGACAUGGUGUUAGGUUUUGAAGGUUAUAGUUAUACAACAACACUCGGAAGGAAGAGGGUUGUGUUAUCAAACAAUGCAGAAGUUUCUUCCCUCAAUUUCAAUUCGAUGACGGCUCCAUCGAAGAAAAUGUGCGGCGAGAAAAUAAGUUUCACCGCUGAAAGUGAAAGGUCUCUCCUUGAAGCCCUCCCUCAUGACAUUUUGAUAAAGGUGUUGUGUGGUGUGGAUCAUGAAGAUUUGGAACAGCUUCUUCUUGUCUCACAAACUAUUAGACGAGCGACUGAGAUUGCUAGGCGAAUGCAUUUCGAGUAUAGCACCCCAAAGAAGAAAAUUUUUGGUCUUCGUCCACCGUUUGGUUCUAGUGGAUUUGAGUCAAUUGAACCUCCAAAUGCACCAUUGGGGAAACAUAAGUCAAGGCUGAGUGCUAAGUAUCUGGGUGGCAUCUCAGUGGCAUUGUUUCCUUCCACUGAUGAAGAACAGUGAGAGAGCCAAGGAAAAGGAGCAACUGAUGAAUGAUGACACUUUUAGAUAGUUUUGUGAAUAGAUAGUGUCUCUUUGUGUUUUAUUAGUUAGCAGCUUAGGUAGGGGCUUAUAUAGGUAUAAUAUUGUGUCUGAUUUCACACUUAUAGAAUAACCUUUCAAGCCAUGUCUUCAAAUGCUUCAUUGAAGAUUGCUUUGGCUUGUUUGUAAUCUUUCUAUACAGGAAAAUAGGAUGGUGGGAGAGAUUUGGUGAUUGUUUGGAGGGGAAUCCUAGGCCCUUCUAGUCUGAUAAAUUUGACUGUACAUAAUUGAUUAGGCAUACUUUUCGUAUUUCUCUAAUAAAAUGAGUAAAGUUGUCCCACUAUUAUGAUUUGAUUAAAA